AUGGAUGCGGCUGUGGAGGAACUAUGGAAGAAAUUUAAUCUUUCUGAAGAUGAAAAAGGUGUUUUGUCAAUAAACUCUCAGGAUGUUGCCCAAUCUAAAGAACAAGCUCAAUUCAACCUCUUGUUCAGGUUGCAAACCAACAAAGAUUUUAAUAAGGAGGCAUUCAAGACCACCCUUCAACAGUUGUGGAGAGGUCCUCAUCGUGUAACUAUCAAAGAAGUGGGGAACAAUUUAUUUUUGGCAAUCUUUGUCACUGGGGAACAUAUGAAUGACAUUUUAGAUAGGAGUCCGUGGUCUUUUGAUAAGAGGCUCGUUCUAUUGAAACGGUUCAAUGGUGAUAUUAGCCUAGACAAAGUUUCCUUUCAACGCUUCUCCUUUUGGAUUUGGGUUUUCAAUAUCCCAAUCAAAAGUAUGUACUCAACUGUUGGAAAUUAUAUUGCCAAUGAGAUUGGAAUUCCUAUUCUGGUUGAUGCUCCUAAGAGUGGCCUUGCUUGGGGUCCUUUUCUUCGUAUUAGAGUGGAUAUAGAUAUUACAAAACCUUUAAUGAGGGGUAAGAUGAUCCACAUUGAAGGUAUGGAAAAAGGGUGGGUGUAUUUCAAAUAUGAGAGGCUUCCUAUUUACUGUUAUAGGUGUGGAAUUAUGGGACAUCAAGAGCGUGAGUGUCAACAUGCCAGGAAAGGGUGUAUUUCUUCAGAGAAGGAUAACUAUCAAUUUGGUCCUUGGCUUCGUGCUGUGGGUUCUAAGGCCAAUAGAGGGAAAAACUUUCACAAUCAGUCCAAACCUAGAGAAGCCGAGGGUGAAGAAUCUCAAGAAUCUGAUGGGGAUGACGGCGAUAAGGAGCUUAUUCCAUUUUCCCGUCGACUGUAA